AUGGCUAAGGUUGACGCGCCCGCCGAAAAGUCGGCCAUUGGCGAAAAAUCCGCCGGUCCGGCUGCGGUGGAGCCCCAGCCGGUCGCAACUUCUCAGCCCGACACCGUGACUAGCGCCCCGCCCGCGCCCGGGACCGCACCCACCGGAGAGAAGACUUUGGCCGGGCAGGCUGACGGUGCCGAGGAGGUCGGCCGCGUCGUCCAGACAGACAUUCUUCGUGGCCCCAAUGGCGAGAUUUAUCCGACCGCCGAGGAGCUGCUCACCCUUCGUCCUGUCAAAGGCAAGAUUGGGUGGGUCAUCUACACGAUCGCCAUCGUAGAAAUGGUCGAGCGAUUCUCCUACUAUGGGACUACAACUAUCUUCACAAACUUCAUCCAGCACCCUCGGCCCGAGGGCUCACCCUCCGGCGCCGGCUACGAGGGACAGUCAGGCGCCAUGGGCAUGGGGCAACAAGGGUGCGAUAUUUACUACUUUAUAUUCAAUACCUACUGGGGCAAGUUUAAGACGAUCAACGUCGGCAUCGCCUCGGCCACGUUCGGCCAUGUUCUCAUUGUCAUCUCUGCCAUCCCUGCAGUCUUGAACAACCAGAGAGGCUCGCUCGCCGCCUUCAUCAUCGGCCUUUUAUUCUUCGGCGUCGGGGUCGGUUUCUUCAAAGCCAACAUAUCUCCGCUGAUCGCCGAACAGUAUGAGGCAAAAGCCCCGCGUGCUACCGUCCAGACGCUUCCGAGUGGCGAACGCGUGAUCGUGGACCCCCACAAGACAUACGCCAUCAUCUAUAUGCGUUACUACUUUUUCAUCAACAUCGGCGUCUUGUUCGGCCAAGUUGCCAUGGUCUAUGCCGAGAAGUACGUCGGCUUCUGGCUCGCAUAUCUUCUGCCGACGAUUCUCUUCUUCCUCUGCCCCAUUGUCAUGGUCGUGUGCCGGAACAAGUACAUCAAGAACCCGCCGACUGGGUCAGUCGCCAGCAAGGCUACCGGUCUCUGGGCACUGGCAAUGAAGAAGCACUGGUCUUGGAACCCCGUAAGGACUGUUCGCAACAUGCGUUCUGCUGACUUCUGGGAAGCGGUCAAGCCCAGCCGGCUCGGUGACAAUAAGCCCGACUGGAUGACAUUCGACGACAACUGGGUAGACGAGGUCCGCAGGGGUUUCUGUGCCGCGAAGGUCUUCUUGUUCUAUCCAAUCUUCUGGCUUGCAGCCACUAUGAGGCUUGACGGCUUUCCCAAUGACCUAGUUAACAACCUGGAUCCCAUUGCCCUGCUUAUUUUCAUCCCCCUGUUCGACAAAUUCUUCUACCCCUGGAUGGACCGGGCGCGCAUCCGUGUGACCCCUAUCCGCAAGAUCGCCGUUGGUUUCAUCAUGGCCGUUCUCGCAAUGAUCGUCGCCACCCUGAUUCAACACUAUAUCUACGUGCAAUCCCCCUGCGGCACCAAUGCCAGCAGCUGCGACACUCCCCCAGAUAUCUCCGUCUGGGUCCAGACCCCGGCGUACGUGCUGAUCGCCUUUUCCGAGAUCGGGGCCUCUAUCACCGGUCUGGAGUACGCUUUUACGAAGGCUCCCAAGAAUAUGCGCGGCCUCGUGACCGGCUUGUUCUGGUUUGCCCAAGCCUUCAGCGCGGCUCUCGCCCAGGCGUUUGUCCCAUUUGCCAAAGACCCUCUUCUGGUCUGGCUGUACACGACAAUUGCAAUCAUCACCACCCUGGGCGGUAUAGGCUUCUGGAUCACAUUUAGGAAGCUCGACAGGGAGGAGGAAGAGCUCAACGCGCUGCCCGACAGUGUCUUUGUGGGCAAGCAGAACAAGGAGGUCAUCGAUAUCGAAGCUGCCAAGGCGGCCGAGAUGGAGCAGCAGAAGCUCAGGCACAUUCAGGGCCUCGACAAGCGUCUCCAGGAGACUGCACACUAA